AUGAAAGUGAUACUAUCAAUACUAACAGCUUGCUCCUAUGUUUUUGCCAUAUAUUUUGCCCCACCGCCUUCAAUUAAACAUAAAGACCGUAACGAUCCUGAUGUGGUACGCCAUCGAAUACUGCGAAUAAUUAUAUUAUGUGCAUUGUUGAUGAUAAUUAUACCCAAUUUAGUUUUAAUACAGGGCAAAAACCAUAAUGAGACUUAUUUGGAUAAAGUCAGACAGCUUGGAAUAAUCCCAGGGUUUACCAAUUCAGGCAGUUUGACUGUCGAUUUGUUCAAUAUUGGGUAUACAAUAUAUUUCAUUUUGAUAUUAUAUUCAUCGAGUAUUUAUCAAAUUUACAUCGAAGAGGUUGAGCUAUUUGAUUGGAAGUAUCAGAUCAGCUCAUUUAGAACCGCUUCGGUACUUUAUCCCAUCCGAGAUUAUUUGCUUGCUCCCGUAUCGGAAGAGUUGAUAUAUCGUGGUUUAAUUUUUUUGAUCAAUAACGAUGCUAAUGAAAGUGUCGACCGAAAGAAUCAGCAUGUAUUUACACCGUUUUUGUUUGGCGUGGCUCAUAUACACCAUGGUAUACAAUUAUAUCGACAAAAUGUACCGACGAUGACAAUAGUCAUUACCACUGGGUUUCAAUUCACAUACACUUCAAUGUUUGGUAAAUUAAGUGAAGUAAUAUAUUCAGCCACUGACCAAAAUUUGUGGAGUUGCAUCGUAUUACACAUGAUCUGUAAUAUAUUUGGAUUACCCAAUUUUAGCCUAAAUUCACCCAGAGUGACCCAUCAAGUGGUAUUUUAUUCUCUAAUAGUUUUGGGCAUAGUGCAUAGUUUGAUAGUGUUGUUGUAUUACAUGUAG